CCACGCCCGCGAGGAGGCGGGCAUAGCGGGGCUGUCGGUCAAAGUCGAGACCGCUACGGAUCCAGUCCGUCCGAUUCCGACCGCUCGUCCGACUGGUCGCGCCGUUCAAGACAAACGCGCAGCCCCGCACAGCGGCCCAAGUGUACGAGGAUGUCUCGCGAGCAGCAGGCGGUGGCGGGCGCCAGGCGGGCCUUCCGGACGGGCCGCUCCAGGUGCCUGGAGCACCGCGUCCGGCAGCUGAAGAACCUCCAGCGCCUCCUGACCGAGUGCCGCGGCGACAUCGCCGGCGCCAUGAAGAAGGACCUCCGCAAGAGCGAGGUGGUGGUCCAGAUGUACGAGACGCUGGGCCUGGAGGAGGAGAUCGCCCUGGCCGUCCGCAAGCUGAAGGAGUGGGCGGCGCCGCGGCCGGCGGAGAAGAACCUGCUGACCGUGUCGGACGCCGUCUACGUCCAGGCCGAGCCCCUGGGCGUGGUCCUGAUCAUCGGGGCCUGGAACUACCCGUGGGCCGUCACCCUGCAGCCGCUCAUCGGCGCCAUCGCCGCCGGCAACGCCGCCGUCAUCAAGCCGUCCGAGGUUUGCGUGCACACGGCCAAGUUGAUGGAGGAGCUGCUGCCGCUCUACCUGGACACGGAGCUCUACCCGGUGGUGUCGGGCGGCGUGGCCGAGACGCAGGAGCUGCUGCGCCAAAGGUUCGACCACAUCUUCUACACGGGAAGCGGCGCCGUGGGGAAGCUGAUCAUGGCGGCGGCCGCCCAGCACCUGACGCCCGUCACGCUGGAGUUGGGCGGCAAAAGCCCCUGCUACAUCGACGGCGACUGCGACCUCGCCGUCGCCUGCAGACGCGUGGUGUGGGGCAAGUUCACCAACUGCGGCCAGACCUGCAUCGCGCCCGACUACGUCCUGUGCCAGCCGGCCGCGCAGCAGCGCCUCAUCCAGGAGCUCCACAAAGCCAUCAAGGUAGCGCCCGGACGCCUUGGGAUUGGGAUUUGGGACUCCAGUCGCGCGUGCAAUUUUUCCCGGCAGGAGUUCUACACGGACGACCCCAAGACGUGCCCGGACUACGGCCGCAUCAUCAACCGGCGCCACUUCAGGAGGAUCCUGUCCAUGAUGUGGGACAGCGACAUCGCCGUGGGCGGAGACAACGACGAGGAAGACUGUUUCAUAGCUCCCACGGUGCUGCGGGACGUCAGGCCCGACGCCAAGGUGAUGCAGGAGGAGAUCUUCGGGCCCCUGCUGCCCAUCCUGACGGUGGACGGCCUGGACGAAGCCAUCCGCUUCAUCAACGAGCGCGACAAGCCGCUGGCCCUCUACGUCUUCUCCCAUGACGCCAAGGUCAUCCAGAAAAUGAGGGAGGAGACGUCCAGCGGGGGACUUUUGGCCAACGACUGCCUGGUGCACUACUCCGUUAGCUCGCUGCCUUUCGGGGGUGUCGGCAACAGCGGCAUGGGCUGCUACCACGGCAAGCACACCUUCGACCGCCUGAGUCACCUGCGAGCGUGCCUGGUCAAGACGCUCAAGAUGGAGGCCAUGAACAACAUGCGCUACCCUCCGCACACGGCCGGCAAGCUGGGCUGGGCGCGCUUCUUUGUGCUCAACAACUUCAACGUGGGCCUGAUCGGGCGCCUGCUGCUGCUGGCCGCCGCCGCCCUGCUGGCCGCCGUCGUCAUCCAGAAGUACCAGCUGCUGCACUAGCUUGAGCGCUGACGACCGCGCGUCCGACGCAAAACGGAGCGUUUUGCAUUUCGCCGUCGCCGCGUCAUUUUGAUUUGCUUUCCGACAAGCGGACUCGUUGGCCGUGCCAGGAAACGCCAGGACCCCCCCGGCCCCUUUUUUAAAAGACGCUUUUAUGCCGGCGCGCCGGUCCGUCUCAUUUCACGACCCGAGGUCGCUCUCUUCUUUGUCCUCCUCCAUUUCAGAAUCGGCCGACGCUAGCGCGCACCCCGCGCGGGUCGGCGUUGCGUUUGCAUCGUCAAUGACAAAUGAGCGCUUCAUCUGCAUACGAGCGUCGGAAUAAAGGCAUCGGUUCCCCC